UGUUAAUUUUGUAUUAUAUGUAAUGUGUGUUGCUAUUAUCUAAUACUUUUUUGACUUAAAAAAAUAAUUGUACUCUUUAUAAAAAUGACCACGUGAACGCACGUGUUUAAAGUAUACGGAUAUUUGGAAUGACAUUUACGGAAUGAUACCGCAAAAUUUUAUUUGAAGGAAUCUGUUUACAGACCGGACGGAGAGGGAAAGAGAUGGCGUCGAUGCCUUCAAUGGCCAAUUACCACCAGCCCCAGCCCGCCAUUGACCGUCCCGUAUAUCCUUGUCCUUAUUGCCAGAGAUCCUUCAGGAGGACGGGAGAUUUGAAGAGACACAAGUGUAAUGCAGGAAGGAGUAAAGGGGGAGGAGCUUCAGGUGGUGGGAGUGGUCAGGCUCCUCCUGGCCCCGCCUCUUUCAAGUGUCAUAUAUGUGGACGUGCAUUUAAUAGAUCGGGUGACUUAAAGAGACACAAGUGUGAUAGUGUUAGAAGCAAGACAGGUCUCAUACCUCAGGCUCCCAUAAAGUGUCAAAAAUGUCGUAGGACCUUCCGAAGGAGCGGAGACUUUAAGAGACACAAAUGUGACAGUGUCCGAAGCAAAACAGGACCCUCGGGCAAUGGAGGAGGAACUCAAAGAAAGAAACAAACUCAAAAUAAAAUUCAAUAAGUUUCCUUUGAUAGAUAGCAACUAGAGCAAGAACAGUUUAAGUACAAUUGUUUUCUAGUAUUACUGAUUGAACAAUGAAGUAUCUUAUUCUCUUAUUUCUUUUUUGUGUCCCUUUCUCUCUCCCCUCUUUUUUUCCUUUUCCACAUCAAUCAUUCAUUUAUCAUUAUCCUAAUACAGUUUAUCAGUAAUUUCUUAUUGGAAGUUAUUUUUUGCACUUUUUUUGUUAAAGAAAUCAAUCAUUACUUUGUA